AUGAAUCGUCAACCUACAAGAGAGGAUAUUCAAAGAGCGAUUCAACGCUGGCAUCAAAUGAAACAACAAUAUGGAGACCAAGUUCAACUUAAUCCUGAAUUUGUUAAAUUAACCAAGUUCUUGAAUACUUUGAAAAUGCAACAACAACGUUUUCAGCAACAAUACCAACAACAACAACAACAACAACAACAACAACAACAGCAGCAGCAGCAGCAGCAGCAGCAACAACAACAACAACAACAACAGCAACAACAAAGUCUAAACCAUUCACAACAAUCGCCAUUGCUACAAAAUGCACAGGGCCAAACUCCACAACAACCUCCAACUCCUCAACAGUUUUCUAAUUUCAAUCAAAACGGUUAUAAUGGUCAACAGUUUUCUUCUCAAGUACACUCACCUGCUAUUGGUGGGUCUUUAUCGACUUCAGGACAUGGAACCCCAUUAGUUACAAAUGCCAAUUUGAUGACAGGAAAGAAAAAUACAAGGACACCAAAUGCCCAAUUUGGUAACCAGACGGCUGCUGGAACACCAUUACAACAACAACAACAACAGCCUUUCCCUCAUGGAAACAAUUCGAAUCCUAUGCUAAACCAGACGGCUCAGCAACCACCACAAUCUCAACAACGUCAACAAAACCAACCACCAAGUCCCCAAUCAGCAUUCACUAAUCAACAAUUCCAAUUAUUGAAAUCUCAGCUUCAAGCAUUCAAGUAUUUUGUGAGAGCUCCUGGUCAGGGUCAAGGUCAAAUACCACAAAACUUAAUAGCAUAUGUUUCGAAUCCAUCAUCUGCUAUGGCCAAUGAUAUGUACUUACCAGCAGUGAACCGGCCUCAAACUAAUGGUAUGGAUCGUACAAUGCAAAUGCCACAAUCAAUACCUUCACAACCACAACAAUAUGCCCUUCAACAACAAAACGAUUUGCUGAACCUGAAUCCAAAGUCAACUGGAGGCACCCCUGAAAUCCCAGAAAAGAAAAAAGGAAAGCGUGGACCUAAACCAAAGAAUCCGAAAAAACCUACAAAGAAACAGUUGAGAGAAGAAGAACAGAGACUUGCAUUGGAAAAACAAAGACAAGAACUUGAACAAAAUAGACUCAAGAGUAGUGCUCCUCAAGCAUUCCCGCCUCAAGCAGGUUUACAAGGACAAGCUCCUUUCCCACCACAACCACCACAGCAGUCACAACAACAUGUACCUCAACCACCUCCAGCAUCAACUUCAUCUAGUCCACCCGGUGGGUUGCCACAGCUGCAACCGCAACCGCAACAGCAACAGCAACAGCCAUCUCGUCCAAUUACUAAACCUGCCACACCUCAACCUUUAUUCCCUGAUCCAUCUCCUCCAGUGAAUAUAAAGAGUGUAGUACCCGACAAAGCAAACAACAAGAAGGUAAUAAUACCGGUAACUAAACCAAAUAUUGAAGUAGACACCUUCGAGUUAUUUGACAUUAUCAGUGAUGAGGUGAAAGAUAUACCGUUUAAUACUUUAUAUGCUCCACAGAGUAGAUUUCAGAUCCCUUCGUUUUUGCCUGAUGGUAUAAAUAUGGAAGAUAUUUAUGUGAACAGAGAAGGAUAUAUGCAAAUUACAAUAGAACAAGAGAAGGAGAGAUUAAGAAAACAAAUUGACAGUUUGAAUGAAAAAGACACUGAAAAGAAAUUGGAACUUGAAACACAAUUAAGUCAAUUGGAAUUGAUUCCUUAUCAGAAAGAUUUACGUGGUAAAGUUCUUAUACAAUCUUGGUUUGGGAAAUCAUUACUUCCUAAUUCACAUCCAAACUUUUUAGCAAGAUUCAGUUCAUUAUCUAUGGACAGUGUUCAUAUGACAACAGAUUUAUACCGACUCCAAUUGGAAUCCAUGAUGAGAGAACAAAAUAAGAAACAUGGCAAAACUAUUGAAGAAAUCAUAAAUUUCAGUGAUCGAAGUAGCAUCAAAGCCGUCAAGAAAUCAGACCGGUUGUCAAGGUUUAUGACUAAAAUUAAUAAUUUCCAUAAUCAAACUGCCAAGGAAGAACAGAAAAAGUUGGAAAAAAUGGCUAAACAACGUUUGCAAGCAUUGAAACUGAAUGAUGAAGAAGCUUAUUUGAAAUUGUUGGAUCAUACAAAGGAUACAAGAAUUACCCAUUUAUUAGAACAAACAAAUCAAUUUUUGGACUCUUUGGCUCUUGCAGUGCAAAGUCAACAAAAAGAGGCUCAGGACAAUUUAGCAUAUUCAGGUCGUGCCAUAGAACCAGCAUCAGUUGAACCCCUUGAUGAUGAGAAGAGAGAAAAAAUUGAUUAUUAUAAUGUUGCUCAUAGAAUUAAAGAAGAAGUCACCAAGCAACCUUCAAUAUUGGUUGGGGGUACUUUGAAGGAGUAUCAAUUGAAAGGUUUACAAUGGAUGGUUUCAUUGUUUAAUAAUCAUUUGAACGGUAUCUUGGCAGAUGAGAUGGGUUUGGGUAAAACAAUUCAAACUAUUUCAUUACUCACAUAUCUUGUGGAAGUGAAAAAAAUUCCUGGUCCAUUUUUAGUAAUUGUUCCCUUAUCAACAGUAACCAAUUGGAAUUUAGAAUUUGAAAAAUGGGCUCCCUCAAUUAAAAAAAUUACCUAUAAAGGUACUCCAAAUCAACGUAAAGUGAUGCAACACGAUAUCAGAACCGGGAAUUUCCAAUUAGUAUUGACGACAUUUGAAUAUGUUAUUAAAGAUAAAGGAUUAUUGGGUAGAAUCAAAUGGGUCCAUAUGAUUAUUGAUGAAGGUCAUCGUAUGAAGAAUGCUAAUUCGAAAUUAUCUGAGACAUUGACACAAAAUUACCAUAGUGAUUAUCGUUUGAUUUUGACUGGUACUCCAUUGCAAAAUAACUUACCAGAAUUAUGGGCCUUGUUAAAUUUUGUUUUACCCAAAAUUUUCAACUCUGUGAAAUCAUUUGAUGAAUGGUUCAAUACACCAUUUGCCAAUACUGGUGGUCAAGAUAAGAUAGAAUUGACAGAAGAAGAAACAUUGUUGGUGAUUAGAAGAUUGCAUAAAGUUUUAAGACCGUUCCUUUUAAGAAGAUUAAAGAAAGAUGUUGAAAAAGAUUUACCAAACAAGGUGGAAAAAGUUGUCAAAUGUAAAUCAUCGGCAUUGCAAUCUAAAUUAUAUCAACAAAUGUUGAGGUAUAAUAUGUUGUAUGCUGGAGAUCCUGCCAAUGGAUCAGUGCCCGUUGCUAUAAAAAACGCCAACAAUCAAAUAAUGCAAUUGAAAAAAAUUUGUAAUCACCCUUUUGUUUAUGAAGAAGUUGAGAAUUUGAUUAAUCCUAAUAUUGAAACCAACGAUCAGAUUUGGAGAGUAGCUGGUAAAUUUGAAUUAUUAGACAAAGUCUUACCUAAAUUCAAAGCUACUGGUCAUAAAGUUUUGAUUUUCUUCCAAAUGACUCAAAUUAUGAAUAUCAUGGAAGACUUUUUACGAUUCAGAGGUAUGAAAUAUAUGAGAUUGGAUGGUGGAACCAAAGCUGAUGAUAGAACUGAUUUAUUGAAAAGUUUUAAUGCCCCAGAUUCUGAUUAUUUUUGUUUUCUUUUAUCCACUCGUGCUGGUGGGUUAGGUCUUAAUUUACAAACUGCCGAUACAGUCAUUAUUUUUGAUACUGAUUGGAAUCCUCAUCAAGAUUUACAAGCUCAAGAUAGAGCCCAUCGUAUUGGUCAAAAGAAUGAAGUUAGAAUAUUAAGAUUGAUUACGGAAAACUCGGUGGAAGAAAUGAUUUUGGAAAGAGCUCAUAAAAAGUUGGAGAUUGAUGGUAAAGUGAUUCAAGCCGGUAAAUUCGAUAACAAAUCCACUGCUGAAGAACAAGAAGCUAUGUUAAGAGCAUUAAUAGAAAAAGAAGAUGAACGUAGACAGAAAGGUGGUACCGACGAAGAAGAAGAAGAUUUGGAUGAUGAUGAAUUGAAUCAAAUUAUUGCCAGAAAUGAAAACGAGUUGGUGGUGUUUAGGAAAAUGGAUGAAGAAAGAUACCUUGCUACCAAGAAUGCUCCAUACCCAUCCAGAUUGUAUACCGAGGAAGAGUUGCCUGAAAUUUAUAAGAUAGAUCCAGAAGAACUUUUCAAGAAAGAAGACGUUGCGCUGGAGGAGUAUGGUCGUGGUGCUAGAGAAAGGAAAAUAUUACAAUAUGAUGAUAAUUUAACUGAAGAGCAAUGGUUGAAGAAAAUUGAAGGUAUGGUAUCUGACGACGAUGAUGACAAUGACGAUGGCGAUGGCAAUGUUGAUAUGAGUGAUUCUGAAAUGGAAGCCAAGCCGAAGAAACCGAAAGGAAGAAGAGGUCGGAAACCCAAGGUUGCACGUGUUGAAGAUGAAGAAAGUCAAACUGAAUCGGAUGUUAUUUCUGUUAAGCGUCAAUUUCCUGAAGAUGCAGAUGACUUUAUACCACCAAAGAGACAGAAAUCUGCUACACCAGGUGGCACUACUACUUCGGGUAGAGGCAGAGGUAGGGGCCGUGGUAGAGGUCGUGGACGUGGAAGAGGCAGAGGCAGAGGAUCUUUGUUGUCUCGUUAUACACCUUCUGUAGACCCCUUAACUGCAGACGAGAGAUCUACUUUACAAAAUCAAAUUGAAAACAUAUUGGGGUUGAUCAUUAAUUAUAAGAAUGAACAUGAUAGAGUAUUGAGUGAAUUGUUUUUGGUGAAGCCACCCAAGAGAUUUUACCCUGAUUACUAUGUUUUGAUAAAGCAUCCAAUUGCACUUGACGUGAUUAAAAAGAGAACAGCGUCAAAAUCUUACAGCAAGAUUAGGGAAUUUUUGGAGGAUAUUCAUUUGAUGUUCACCAACGCCAAGAUAUAUAAUGAAGAAGGUUCAAUUGUUUAUCAAGAUGCAGCAUUCUUGGAAAGAUUAUCAAUGGACAAAUUCAAAGAAUUAUCAGCCAAUCUUUCAGAAGACGAAAUCAAUAAGAUUUUGGAUUUCGCUGAGUUUGACGAAAUGUUUAGUUUAAAACCAUUAGUUCCUUCAACUGCUAUCAAACAUCCAAUUGAAGCUAAAUUAGAGAAAAUAGAUAAAGGUGAAGCAAUUGACAGUCCAUUACUCAAUGCUUCUACCACUGCUGGAACAGAAGAGUCUACACCAGCAAAUUUUGAUUGA